GAUUACUACUUUCGUCGAUUGUCGGCCUGUUCAUCUCUAUUGGCAAGUCACGCCAGACCCAGGUACGCUUGAGACUCCAGGCAUCUCUCAGAGAUAGGCAGCUAACCCAUUGCUAAUCCUGUACAGGGUCCUGCAUCAAAGCCCAUGCCCAACUUGUCACGCUCAUUUCUAUGAAUAUCGUAACCGAUGCUAUGUUAAUACUUCUACCCAUGCCAUGGUUGCUUAAGGUCAAAACAACAUGGAUUCGCCGUCUACAACUCGUCGGCCUCUUCGCAAUCGGCUUACUACUCAUCGCCAUCGCCAUAGUCCGCCUUCCAUCCUUUGCCAAUAACACUUCCCAGCUGAAUCGAAACACCUGGGGGUCCGUGGAGGAAUUCCUUGCCGCCUUUGUUGCCAAUGUUCCGACCUUGUAUACCUUACGACGGAGAGCACAAAAAAUCUAUCCUACAUAUUAUAACCAUAGCGCUUCUGAGGGCCGAAUGGGAGGGUCUCGGCAGCCGCCUUUCAACGACGGGAUUCUGGUUACGAAUAGCGUUCAACUGGAGUACAUGGUGGAUGGUCGGCAGAAGUCUCCAGAUUCGAAUCAUCACGUUGUGAGACAAGAUAGUGAUGAAUGCCUUGUGGGGGAUGAGCGUUGGCGGUAAAGGAUCACGCGAUGUAACGUGCUUAUAUACUAGGUUAGGGUUUACGAGUCACGACAUG